CUGAGGAAGUACACUUUUAUGUGCUUUGGCAAACCGACAGCAAAGGGCAGCGCGAUCAAUGAAAACACACGUGAUUUUGGCGCAGAAUUCACGCCAGUACCUCCACGUGUGUGUGCGCCAGAGGAGAGGAUGGCGCGGGGAUCCUGACGCGUAACGGCGCUUUGUUUUGGUCGUGCGUAAAGUUGUCAUGCGUCUCCAAACCUGCCACCGGGACACUUUUAUCCACGUAUCGACUCUGUUUCGUGUCCGGGUGAUGAAGCGACUUGUUGGGGUGUCGAUACGGAACAUGUCGGAGGAGAGACGGAGCAGCGGCGGCGCGCAGAUCCACCCGGGGGGAGAGGGGAGCGAGGCGGGCGGUGGAGGAGAGGACACGAGGGGAGGAGGACAGACGGGGGGAGGAGAGGACACGGGGGGAGGAGUGGAGGAGACGAGCGGAGGGAACAGCCUCACCGAGGAGGAGAUGACCAUUCACAGGCUCCACAGACAGGCGUGUGAGGCUGGCGAGCAGAUGUAUGUCGACCCUGGCAGCGGGUACAGGGUUUUCACGGAGAAUGCCCACCGCGAUCGAGGCAGGUGCUGUGGCAGCGCCUGCAGACAUGUAAGCACCAGAUUUGUCCGUACGGUCAGGUGAACGUGAAGGACCCCGCCAAGAAGAAAAGAUUCAACUCUCUGUUCUACGUGUAACUCUGCACAGCUGGAGAUACAUGACCUGAAGUCUUGAAGGAGGAGUCUGAGUCUGGUCACCUCUGCACCGUCACACCUCGAGACAGAUACAGACACGACCUGGACGCUGUGAUGUCAUGAGUGAACUCUGACUCUACAAACCUGAACUCUGUCUGCAAACGCAUCUGGACACAUCUACAGCACGGUCAUCAUGGUUCAGUCCUGGUUCAGACCAGGUUCAGUCCUGGUUUAGUAUAGGUUCAGUACAAAUUUAGUCCUAGUUCAGUCCUGGUUUAGUCCUGGUUCAGUCCUGUUUUAGUCCUGGUUCAGCUCUGGUUCAGUCCCUGGUUUAGUCCUGGUCCAGUCCUAUUUUAGUCCUGAUUUAGUUCUGGUUCAGUUCUGGUUUAGACCUGGUUCAGUCCUAUUUUAAUCCUAGUUUAAUCCUGGUUUAGUCCUGGUUUAGUCCUGGUUCAGUAGAAGGUCAGUACUGGUUUAGUUCUACCUUAGUCCUGGUUUAGUCCUGGUUUAGUCCUGGUUUAGUCCUGGUUUAGUCCUGGUUUAGUCCUGGUUUAAUCCUGGUUUAGUCCUGGUUUAGUCCUGGUUUAGUCUUGGUUUAGUCUUGGUUUAAUCCUGCUUCACUGCUUCUCUCAGUGAUGCUGCAGAAAUCUCCCAGUCACAUGUGAUGUCUUUUCUCUUUCUUUUUUCCUCAUAAGCCGUCAUACUUAUUUUGACACUGACAGGUGGGUGAGCCAAUCAGAGACAUGCAUGGUGUCAGUCAGACCUCAGGGAGCUUCACCUGUGUCCAGUCUCACAUGUUCAUAAACUGUUGCAGAAGUGUGUAUUGUGCACUUUAAACAGACAGGGGGUCAUGUGACUUGUGCUGUCGUUAUUUGGAAAAGUGCAGAUGCAUAUUUUUAGAUUGUACCAAAUGAUGAAAUCUGAGCUGCAACUCGGCAACUUCCACCUCCAGUGAGUCCAGGACCAACGCGCCUCUCUCCUCCUGGAACCAUUUCACUAAACACUCCAUUUUGGUUCGUUUCUUUCGCAGCUGUGCCUUCAGUUUCAUUUUUUGUUUUAUCUUUAAGAGUAUUAAACAGAUCACAUGCCAAAAUCUCAUUGUAAUCUGAUUUCUGGAGUUAUCAGAUUACUCAAGUGUCAUCUGAUGUGAGUUAUCUGAUUUCUGACUGUUCAUACCUCUGCAGCUUUUGACGAGAAAAAAUAUGCAUUAAAGAAGGAGAAAAGAAGAGAAGACUAGUCACAUUUGCACAUAAAAGUACAGUUACAUUGCUAGUACUGUAACUGUAACUGAGUACAAGUAUUGCUGCCAAAACUGGACAUGCUGUGGCUUUAUGUCCAGCUGAACAUGGUGAGGGGUUGGCGUUCCUGGAGUUUGCAUGUUCUACCUGUGUCUGGAUUUCCUUUAACUUUUCACUGUAAAAAAUCUGAAUUUAAUCUGAGAAAACCUUGGACUAACUUGGUGCUAAAUAAAAAACAAGAUAAAAAAUGUAAUCUUACAGAAA